GUUUGCUCUGUAAGGUAAACUGCGUUGUACUUUUGCGGUAAGUAACGAUUACUGUACUUUAGACAGACAUUUUUCAGUCAGUGCCUGACUGGUUUACAAUCGUGCUGCAUACAUCGAUUGAACUUUAGAAAAUGCUUUAGUCACAGUCUCGUUACUAAGUAUACACAAAUGGCGGACGAGUGUGUUAUGACUCCAUACGAUUUAAAUGUCCAAAUAUAUCUUAUUUGACGAGAAAUAUAACAAAAAAUGGGAUCAGGAUCAAGCAGCAGUGUUAGACAAAUUCAUAUUGACCAAAAAGAUGAUGUGUCAAAUGAAUUGCCAACAAAGAGAAACAAACUUUCUUCACAAGACAAAGAGAUAACAGAAUCCAAGGAAUCGAGCAAACCUUCGAAUUUGGACAACCAAGAUGGAGACAGAGAAGCAACUAUCGAAACAUUGACAAAGCAGCUCUGUGAGAGCGAAAGUAACCGUCUGGAUUUAGAAGACCGUGUGGAUACACUUCUUAAGGAACUGGACUAUGUCAAUUCACAAAAUCUUGAGAGAGCAGGAGAAGAUAAGCCUUGUGAUGAGACAUUGCAAGCUAAAGAUCAUUAUAUCAAGAAAAUGGAAAAGGAGAAGAUGGAUUUAGAAACAGAAGUCAAUAAAAUGAAACAAAAACAAAGAAGAAAACAGAAACAGUUUAACACACAGAUGGCAGAAUACAAACAAGAAGUAAAUUUUCAGAUAAUGGAAUUAAAGGAGGAGAUCAAUAGAUUGAAACAGGAAAAUAAACGUUUAGCAGGAACCAAAGCUAGUCAAGGUGAUGUUACACCAAAAUUUAGCAUUGUAGAAGAUUCACCAAAACUGCCCGGAGGCGAGAAAAUGGCAUUGAUAUUAGAGCUGUCAGAGCAAGUGACUGAGCAGCAGGAUAAAAUUAACAAACUGGAGCGAAAGUUAAAAGACAGGGACCAGACAGUUGAAGAUCUUAGAGCAAAGUUGAAAAACAAUUCACAGUACCUCAGUGUUCUAAAUAAAACUACAGAAGAUAAAGUUAAGCAUGAGAGAAUGAAAUCAGCUGGACUUGGUGGUAGUGAUGGUAAUAAUAUUACAGGUUAUCCCAGAAAUAUGGGCAUGAAGAACACGAGAAAUUCAUACGAAAUUGAUAAAAACAUUGAUGGUCUUUUCACAGUGGAUGAAGAAAGUUCUGAAAAUGAAGAGGACUGUCUGUUGAAGCUCUCCGCAAACUUAAAAGACGUAAAAGCCAGUAAUAAGAAUCUUGUCAGUAUUGAUAGUCCUAAAUAUGCAAAAAGUGGUAUUUUGAAUAUAGGAUCAGCAUCAGAGCCAUUCGAUGAUCUAGAAGCAAACAAUGGAAGAGAUUCCGGUCUUGGCUCAGCAGGGAAAAGAGAGGAAGGUGGUGAGGUAAAAACUGAAUCUGGUAAGAAAACCAGAAAGGAUAGGGAUUGGAAAGACAGAACUCAUUCUUUUGAAUCAGGAUCAGGGCUUUCUGAUUCAGAUUUUGAACAGUACGGACCUGGUGUUAGUAAAGUGUCUAGUGCUCCACCAAAGUUACAGAACGGUCAAGGAACGAAGCUGAAAAAGAAGUCAAACAGUUUAAGACGUCAUGCAUCUAGUAAAAGGAAUGACAGACCACCUAGACCUGGGGUAGCGUUUGUUAAUACUGCUGAUAGUUUACAUGAAGAUGAUCAUAUUAUAAACAAGUUGUCCCCUUUAAUCAGUCCUGUUGAAGUUUCCUGAGAGUUUUGAUAAUCAGUUAGAUAGUUACCUUUAAUUUCUUCUUUACUGAGGUUGAAGGGUGUCUUUUUUUUACAAUAAUGGAAUUGUCAGUGUCAUGCUGGCAUGAUAGGACAAGUUUUGCUCAAAAAUUGCUUUGCAGCCUUACUAAUGCUUGUUGCUUUAAACAGCUAGGUUAAAGGCAAUUGUUCUAGCAAUUAGUUCUUUAACUACUGCCUUAGAAGAAUUGUUUAAAGAACUACCACAAUUUGUUCA